AAAGAAAAAGCUUCCCUUUCCAUCUACACCACCACCUCCUCCACACUCCUCCUCUUUAAUUGCUGUUUCUCAGCCGUCAUCUCUCUCCUCCCUUCCCCGUUAAACCAGCGUCACUCAUGCUUCUCUAACCUCCUUCAUGCCGUCAACGUUACUCUCGCUGUUUCGAAGAUAUCUCUCUCUAUAAACACGCUUGAACACUUCCUUGUCUAUAAAAAUUAUAUCUCGCGUUGUAGCGGAGAAUUUCUCUCCUACUAGAGAUACGCUGCCGUUUUACGCUCAGAGUAUGAAGCUCGACCCCUUUCCCUCACGCACCGCAGCCGGCGUUUCUCGCACUCUUGGCCAGUUGCUUAAGCGCGUUGGUGAUGUGCGGAAAGAAGCUACUGGUGACGGAAAUGAAACUCCGAUCCAUCAAGUGCUUGAGCUCGACGAUACCAAUUCAGAUGUGCCGAGUUCUAUUCCGUUUAUUCUUUCAUUCAAUAACCUGACUUAUAGCGUUAAAGUUCGCCAGAAAAUGAAGCUUCCGGGGAUAAUCAAUCAGCGGCGCCACCACCACCUUGGACCUGGCACCGUUGCUGAUCCCGUGGCUGGGGAAAGCAUGUUUACUACAACGAAGACUCUCCUCAAUGACAUCUCCGGUGAGGCUCGCGACGGAGAGAUUCUGGCCGUGCUUGGAGCUAGUGGAUCGGGAAAAUCAACUCUGAUCGACGCAUUAGCGAACCGGAUAUCCAAGGAGAGCUUGAAAGGGACGAUAACAUUAAACGACGAAGUCUUGGGAUCGCGUAUGUUGAAAGUGAUAUCCGCCUACGUGAUGCAAGACGAUUUGCUGUUCCCAAUGCUCACAGUCGAAGAAACACUCAUGUUUGCCGCCGAAUUCAGGCUGCCGAGAAGUUUAUCAAAAUCGAAGAAGAAAAUGCGAGUCCAAGCUCUCAUCGAUCAGUUAGGGCUACGAAACGCAGCCAAAACCGUCAUCGGAGACGAAGGUCACCGAGGCGUUUCUGGAGGAGAACGACGUCGCGUUUCAAUUGGAAUCGAUAUAAUCCAUGAUCCGAUAUUACUGUUCUUGGAUGAGCCGACUUCGGGUCUGGACUCGACUAGUGCGUUUAUGGUGGUGAAGGUUUUGCAAAGGAUAGCACAGACCGGGAGUAUAGUGAUAAUGUCCGUACACCAGCCGAGUUAUCGGAUUCUUGGUUUGCUAGAUCGGUUGAUAUUUCUAUCCCGUGGCCAAACCGUUUACAGUGGACCUCCGAUGCAUUUGCCGUCGUUCUUCGCGGAGUUCGGGCAUCCGAUACCGGAAAACAAGAACAAGACAGAGUUCGCAUUGGACCUCAUUCGGGAGCUCGAAGGGUCUCCAGGAGGGACGAAAAGCUUGGUGGAGUUCAACAAAUCAUGGCAGAACAUGAAGCAUACUCCAAAUACUGAACCAGACCGUCAUGGAUUGUCGCUGAAAGACGCAAUAAGCGCAAGCAUUUCGAAAGGGAAGUUGGUAUCCAGAGCUACGAACAAUGAAGCAAGCCGAAAUUCAAUGGUGCCCACAUUUGCAAACCCAUUUUGGAUUGAAAUGGCAGUAUUGUCCAGAAGAUCUGUGACCAAUUCAAGAAGAAUGCCUGACUUGUUUGGAAUUCGAUUGGGUGCAGUUUUGGUUACUGGGUUCAUUUUAGCUACCAUGUUUUGGCGGCUCGAUAAUUCACCCAAAGGGGUUCAAGAAAGAUUAGGGUUCUUCGCAUUUGCCAUGUCCACUACUUUCUACUCCUGUGCAGAUGCUCUUCCAGUUUUUCUCCAAGAAAGGUACAUUUUCAUGAGAGAAACUGCUUGCAAUGCUUAUAGAAGAUCCUCUUACGUGCUAUCACAUGCACUCGUUUCUUUACCUUCCAUGAUUUUCCUCUCAUUUACCUUUGCCGCCAUUACAUUUUGGGCUGUGGGGCUCGACGGAGGUCUUUCCGGUUUCUUCUUCUAUUUGUUAAUCAUCUUUGCCUCUUUUUGGGCUGGAAUCUCCUUUGUUACAUUCCUAUCGGGCAUCGUCCCUCAUGUUAUGCUCGGUUACACCAUAGUUAUAGCCAUCUUGGCGUAUUUCCUUCUCUUCAGUGGCUUCUUCAUUAACCGUGACAGAAUCCCACCUUAUUGGAUUUGGUUUCACUACAUGUCCCUUGUGAAAUACCCCUAUGAAGCAGUCUUGCAAAAUGAAUUUCAAGAUCCCACCAAGUGUUUCGUUAGAGGUGUUCAAAUUUUCGACAAUACUCCACUUGGGUCAGUACCCACCUCAGUGAAAGUGAGGUUGCUGCAAACACUGAGCAAUACACUGGGGAUGAAGAUAACGAGCUCAACCUGCUUAACUACAGGAUCAGUUAUAUUGCAGCAACAAGGGAUAACGGAUCUAAGCAAGUGGAAUUGCUUGUGGGUGACGGUAGCUUGGGGAUUCUUGUUCAGGAUUCUAUUUUACUUGUCUUUGAUGCUGGGAAGCAAGAACAAGAGAAGGUAAGAUGAUGAUGGUGGGGGUGGUGUUGGUGUUGCGCUUGGCGGGAGGAUGUAUGCAUUGUGUGGUCUGUUUUUCAAAUUUGUUUUUUUAGAAUAUGACCGUUGAUUUUAGUAGAAUUUGCGAUUUUGGUGUAAAACUGUUGCAUACACAUACAUAGAUUAUAUAUAUAUUGUUAUUCAAGAGAGCAAAUACAUGUGGAUUCCAUUGAUCAAUGUGAAUUUGCUUAUUGUUGUGUUCAGUUUUGCCCUCCUCUUAUUAAUAUCAUGGGAGGAAAUAUGUCAGUGAUGUUAAAAUUUA